UAAACAAAGAAGAAAGAAAGCCUGUCUAUGGACGACUAACCCUCGAUUGAUUGAGCGACGCACCAUUUCCCCUCCUGGGGAACAACCAGACAACCGAGAAUACCUUCGAGUCUUGGUUUUCCAUUUUUAUACGACCUCAUAAUACGAAUCGUCUCCUACCAAAUCACCACCAUGUCCAACAUACUACCCUCCCGCCGUCGAAAUCCAACACGGUCCUUCAAUUCUCCUCCACCAGCCUCCACCACGGGCCCAGUCCCCAUCCCAUCCUCAUCCGCCGCCCCUCUCCGUUCCUUGACCUCCGACAUCCAAUCCCGAAGCACCGCGGACCUCCCACAAUCGCUACCCGAAGACGACGGCAUGGCAGCAUUGCGCGCCAAGAUCCAUGCCAUUCGCGACUCCGUGGAGUCCAAUGACGAAAAGGCGAUGCUCAUGCACGAGAUCAUGACGGAGCGCUGGAUGGUGCUGAAAUACCCGCAUCUGGCCCAGGCACAGUCCCCGGCGUCGGCCGUCGGGGCGCAGGUGGGCAUUGGAUCGCCUCCAGCUGUUCUGUCGCCAUUGGGUUCGCCCACACCGAUUCGAGGCAUGCGCUUUGCGGGUUCUGAUGCAUCGGCUGAGGACCCUACCAAUCCAUACAAUGUUUGCGAGAAAGACCUCGAACCGAGCUAUCGACCGCGGCGAAAUCGAUCGGACGCUGAUGUGCGAGAGGUUCCAACGGAGCAGGAAGCCGACAAAGAGGGCCCGGAUAGUGAGCCAACACAAUUGGGGUGCGCACAUUACAAGCGCAACGUCAAGCUUCAGUGCGCUACAUGUCAAAAGUGGUAUCCAUGCCGGCAUUGCCACAAUGACGCGGAACCAUCCCAUGCGCUGCCCCGGCAUUUGACGAAAAACAUGCUGUGCAUGUUGUGCAAGACGCCCCAACCGGCGGGAGCCACGUGCAUCAACUGCACAGAAACAACGGCGUAUCACUACUGUGACAUAUGUAAACUGUGGGACGACGAUGUGGACAAGCCGAUCUACCAUUGCGCAGAUUGCGGGCUAUGCCGACGCGGCGAGGGCCUCGGGAAGGACUUCGUUCACUGCAAGGAAUGCACUGUCUGCAUCCUCAUCCAACACUUCCCAACCCACCGCUGUCUUCCCCGCGCCACUGAUCGCGACUGUCCCAUCUGCUUUACUUACAUGUUCACCUCCUCCGACAGCAUCGUCGCCAUGCCCUGCGGCCACUAUCUCCACCAGAAAUGCUACAACGAGUACAUGAAACGGGAAUACCGGUGCCCCAUCUGUAAGCGCUCCGCCAUCAACAUGGAAUUAGAGUGGCGGAAGCUAGGCGAAGAGAUCGAGAGACAGCCGAUGCCCGAUGAGUACGACGAACAUGCUCAUUCAGACUCCGAUUCCGGGUCCGAUGAGGAUCGAAUACCCUCCCGGUACAGGAAUCCCGGCUCACGACCUGCUCAACGAAGAGGCCCGCGCAUGGCUGCCGUGCGAUGCAACGACUGCGGGUCAAGAAGCGACGUACGAUUCCACUGGCUCGGAUGCAAGUGCUCGCUGUGCGACUCUUACAACACAGACGAGAUCACCACCAGUGCUUCCGGGCCCGACAUCCCUUCUCCUCCCACGUCACCCCCAGGGCUCACCUCCGGCAGCGAAGCCGGCCCCACCAGUCCCGGCUCCGGCAGUAGCGACGGCCGCCCCCUCAACGCGAGCGGAUACGGCGACGCCGAACCGUGGCGGCCGGUAUCGUAUCUCCUCUGGCGGCGUAGCCGACGCAACUCGGAGACGAAAGACGAUGAGCCCGGCUCGCGGAUCCCGUUUAGCCCGAUGGACAUCAUGCAGCGGUUUUCGCGCUCCUUGCCGCCGAUUCGGGACUAUAUCUCGGCGGAUAUGGUGAGGGAGUUGGGGAUCGGGGAUAUGGUGAGGGAGCUGGGGAUUCGGGUGGUGCCGAAUGGGUCGUUCAUGCCUCAUUUUGGGUCGGGGAAUCAGGCGGCUGCGGAGGGGGCGGGUGACGCGAAUGGAGCGGAGGGGCUGCGCGAACUAGACUUUUGGGGGGUCGCGGGUAGGUUUCUAUCAGGAGAUGAGGAUGAUGGAGAUGAUGAGGACGACGAAGAAGGGAGUAGUGAGGAAGAGGAGGAGGAUGACGAUAACCUCGAUCUAGAGGAUGAGGGGGAGGCGGAUGAAGAGGAAGACAUCGAUUUCGAGCUGCUGGGGCAUCGGUAGCUGAGUGCUUCGGUAAGAUGGAUAUCACGACAUUGAUGAAGCAACAUAGCGCGCGGUUGGGCAAGGAGCAAUUUUUGCAUUACUGGAGAGGGGAAUUUU